GGAGUUUUCAAUUAUAUAUAAAUUCGAGCCAUUACUUUCUAACCAGUUUAAAUAUUUCUUUAUUAUAUAGUGAUGGUUGCAAAUGUUCAUGCAAAGAAAACAAAAAAACAAAAUUUAAAGAUAAUUUAAGAGGCUCUUGAACAAUAAACAGUGUUUGCCAUGCCUUUAGGCAAGAGGUAGGUACCGAAGAGCGGCGCGCCCCGCCUCUUCCCCUGAAUGGUGAAUGCCAAACAAACAUCAGCUGACGGCGACUGGACGGUGACGUUCACGUAGCCGAUGCACGUCACUCCUGCUCGCUGGCUCUCUGUGGCCCUCCGCGCCUCUCUCCACGUAACUGACUGAUCAUCCACGUUCGCAUCAUCUGCAUACACUGAACUGCAACGCUGCGGUUGGAGAUUAGAGUGAAAGAAGGAAGGAAUAGCAGUGAGCAGGAUGAGUGGUGCUGGCAGCAGUGACAGCGGCCUGGACCUGUCUGGCAAACUCAUCAUUAAGGCUCAGCUGGGGAAUGACAUUAGGCGCAUUCCUAUACACAAUGAAGAUAUGACUUAUGACGAGCUGAUACUAAUGAUGCAGCGUGUCUUCCGUGGCUCACUCUCUCCUGAUGAUGACAUCACACUCAAAUAUAAAGAUGAAGAUGGGGAUCUGGUGACAAUCUUUGACAGCUCUGACUUAGCCUUUGCCAUACAGUGUAGCCGGAUCCUGAAGCUCACCAUCCUUCUGAAUGGCCAGCAAAGCAAUGCCAAGGAACCACAAUUACCAACUUCUGCUGUGAGACAAGAGCUGCGUGCCAUACGAGACAGAGUGACAGCCUUGCUUGAUGCCCUGGCGGUGUGUCCUGAAACCGCUCCCAAGGCAACUCCAGACAGUGCAGGAGUGAACAGCAGCAACAGUUGCAAUACAGCAGGCACAGCAUCUCCUGCUCCUCCUGUCAAGCCACUGACUAUCUCAUCCAAAGAGUUUGACCCACUUCAGUCUGCUGAGCUACAGCAACAAGCAGUUCAGCAGCCUCCACAGCAGCAGCCUUCCCAGCAGCAACCUCUGCCACCACCACCAGUUAUGUCAGCCAGUCAACCACAGUCAGGCCUUCCCACUCAGACAACAACUUCUUCCACUCCCAGUCAUAGUGACAUGGAAACCAACCUUGGGGAUCCAAGUGUGCAUCAAGACAUCAUGUCCUCUUUUGGGUUAUCAGAAGGUGAAGGAGGUUUGAGCUCCAGCUCUUCACAAGUCGAUGGCAACACAGCUGUCACCAGCACCUCUGCACCAGCCUCCUAUCACCCAUCACCUCAGCAGCAGCCUCCUGUACCACAGUCACAGCCUUCUCAACCCAAGCCCGUGCAGCCACCACAGCAACCACAGCCCAGCUAUGCAAACUAUACCACUGUUCCAGUUUCUGCCCCUCAACAAGGACGUUAUUCUCAUUAUCAAGGUCAGCAUUAUGGAAGUACUGGCACAGAGGUGAGUGUUGGGGCUCCCACCACUGCCACCAGCACCUCACAACCGCACACCUCCCAGCAGUACUAUCCAGGCUACAUGCAGUACCCGGGGUAUGGGGUGCCCAGCAGUCAGCCAAGUGGAUACACUCAGCAGUAUCCUAGUGGCCAACAAUACCCUGCCAAUUAUACCCCUCAGACUGGGACUGCUCCUGCUUCCUUGCCACCUCCUUCAUCCCAGUCAGCCCAGCCUCCAACAGGACCACGACCCCAAAUGAGUUAUGUGUCAUCCACACCAUUCCAGCAGUGGCCACAGUAGCCUGAGGUGUUGCAGGACUUGCUUAUUAGAAACACGUGCCACACCUCAGUUGCUGGGUUCAGCAAGUAUAUGUUUUGUAUGAAUUGUAGAAACUCAUAGUAAAACUUCAUGUGAGCAUAUUGGAAAAGAAAAAAAAAAUGUAGUCUUUUAGAAAUAAUCUAUAGUCACUUGUGUCAUCUAUAAUUCAAAUUUUCUCUGGAUUUGUUGAAAUUCCCUUGAAUGUAUGACUGAUUGAUUGAUUAAGAACUUGUAGUCUCCUACAGUUGACCCUUAGUUAUUUAUUUGUGUUAUCUAAGAUUUCAAAUAUAUCAAGAAGUUUAAGAAAUUGCCAAACUGCUUUGUCCAAAGUCAGAUUGUUUAGAAAUAUCUGUUUGCAGCAGUAAGAAUUUCAGUAUUGACAUACAAAUAAAUGGAAAUAGGGUACUAGCACAGGCCUUCUUGGUGUCCAGGCCUAGCAAGUGAUACUACAGAGAGCUUAAGUCUUUGCAGGAUACAAUUCCUAUUUUUAAUACACAUGUACAGAAUGUCUGUGUUCUAUAGUUAAUGAUAUUUGUUAAAAUUUAGUGUAUAAGAUAAAUUAUAAACAUGUAUGGAUUUGCUUGAUAUUAUAACUGAAUGACUUGUUUUCAAAAUAUAAAAAUUUUAAACAGUAAAA